CAUUCAGAAUCAUUUGUGAUUUCAAAUAUCCUUGCUUGUUUUCCACCAGUGCGUGAGGUACUUCAAUUAUCACCAGGGUUGUGCAUUCUUAUCUCGUGCGUCGUUAAUAUCUCGCCAAUCAGCAAUUCGUUGAACCGUGUGGUACCAGUCAGGAUGUCUUCCCGCAAAACAGCCGGACGUCGUGGAACGACAAAGAAGCGAGCUCAACGAGCCACUUCCAAUGUGUUCGCUAUGUUCAAUCAAGAUCAAAUUCAAGAGUUCAAGGAGGCUUUUAACCUGAUCGACCAGAACAGGGACGGGUUCAUUGAUAAGGAGGAUCUCCACGAUAUGUUGGCUUCUCUGGGCAAGGAUCCUACCGAUGAUUACCUCGAUGGCAUGAUGAACGAGGCUCCUGGCCCUAUUAAUUUUACCAUGUUUCUGACACUCUUUGGUGAACGAUUGCAAGGAACGGAUCCAGAGGACGUGAUAAAGAAUGCAUUUGGCUGUUUCGAUGAUGAAAACAGUGGGAUCAUACACGAAGAUCGACUUCGAGAGCUCCUCACAACCAUUGGAGAUCGAUUCACAGACGAAGAAGUCGACGAAAUGUAUCGCGAGGCUCCGAUCAAGAACGGCAUGUUUGAUUACAUCGAAUUCACCCGAAUCCUCAAACACGGUGCUAAAGAAAAAGAUGAGCAAUAGAGCCCCCGCAAUUUCUUACCAUUAACCAACCAACCAAGCAAGCAACCCUUUAUGAAAUCACACCACCAAUUUGGCCUUCUUCUAUGAACCCCUAUGAAACAGGAUCUUCAUUCUCGCCUCCUCUGGCAUUUGGUUCGAUAUCCUGUUCACAGAACGACUUGAUUUGUGAUAAUCAGCACACCUCUCCAGUUGCAUUUUCAAUUUUCUACGCACCUUUUUUACGGCGCUACCUUUCCAAAAUUAUUCCGACCCUUCCAACUCUGUCUCGCAAGUUCGCUCGCUCGCCCGCCCGCUAUUAUCCUUAACUCCUUGUACUUAUUGCGCUAUUUAUAAUCAAUGCUAUGAAAUCCGAAUCGGUGUCACUCUUACACGAAAAGAACACGACGUACUAAAAGUAAUUGUCAAGACCCCGACUGAAUAUAAACGAAGAGAAGCAGAGGAAAGAAGAAGACAGAUCCGUGCUCAUGACCAAUGAUCACCUGAUCGAUGUUGCCGGUUAUAGCGACAUCGGUCUAAUAAGUACCAUGAGCAAGUGCCAACAAGCAUUGAUUCAAAUCAACAUUUGAUUGAAAGAAGAUAAAUAAAUUAAAUCUAUGUACAGAA